UGGGCAGCGGCCGCAGCGGCGACAGCGACAGCGGCGACAGCAGCAGCGCGCCCCGCCGCCGCCGACAUGGUGUCCCCCGUCACCGUGGUGAAGAGUGAAGGCCCCAAACUGGUCCCCUUCUUUAAAGCCACUUGUGUCUACUUUGUCCUCUGGCUGCCAACUUCCAGCCCCUCCUGGUUCAGUGCCCUCAUUAAAUGUCUGCCCAUCUUUUGCCUGUGGGUUUUCCUUCUGGCUCAUGGGAUUAACUUCUUAGUGUCACACCGGAGUGCCAGCCGCAUCCUAGCGGGACUCAUAUUCUCGGCAGUGGGAGACGCCUUUCUCAUCUGGCAGGAGCAAGGCUACUUCAUUCAUGGUCUGCUGAUGUUCGGCAUCACACACAUCCUGUACUCUUCAGCCUUUGGCAUGAAGCCUUUGGACCUCAAAGCCGGCUUGCUGAUGGGCGUCGUUUCCAGCUCCUGCUACGCCUUCCUGUACUCCUACCUCUCGGGCCCGCUCACCUACCUGGUGGCCGUCUACAUCGCCCUCAUCGGCUUCAUGGGCUGGCGGGCGGUAGCGGGCGUGCAGCUGUGCAACGACCUGUGGACGUGGACCAAGCUGUCGGCCUGCGUGGGCGCCAUGCUCUUCAUGGUGUCGGACCUGACCAUCGCGCUCAACGAGUUCUGCUUCCCCGUGCCCUACUCGCGCUUCAUCAUCAUGGCCACCUACUACGCGGCACAAAUGCUGAUCGCGCUCUCGGCCGUGGAGACCAGAGAUGAAGAGGACUUCAGGAAGAGGAGCUAGGUGGAGUGCCAACAGUCUGCAAACACAUGGGUUAUAUCUCAGGUGCUGUAGCUGCAUUCACCCCUGAGAGAGAUCUUCAUUUCUCUAGGCACACUGGUGAUGUUGAUUUUGCUUCUUUGAAGCAUUACCUUUGGGAAUUACAUGGUUUUUUUUGUUGGCUUUCUCUGAAUACAGCUUACUUCAGUGUGGAGUCCACAUCAGAAAGCUUAGACUGUCCCUGCAGUAGUUACUCAUUCAACUUUUCCUCUUUGGAAGUGCUGUACUACUGCAUUCUACUUGUUAGUCUUGAAAUUGAUGCUGAGUGUUUAGGAAGAGGAGGGCUGGUGGAAAGGAGGUUUGGCCAUGCACUGUGCUAAAAGGCUUGCUCUCAACUGUAGGCAGACAGGCACAGAUCUCUGCUAAAGUCAUAGGUCAAAAUUAAUUUAACCGAUGUUUGUCUCUUUUUGUGCAUUGCAGUAUGCAAACUGGAGCUAUUCCUCCACUGAAAGGAAGCUCAGAAGGAGAAUAAAAAGAGCAUAUCCAGCUGUGAGCUGAGCUCUGGAGUCAAUGGCAGCGUGUGGGGCAGUACCCAGCAGAGCCAGCAUGAAAGCAGAACCCCAAGCUGAGGGUACAGAGCGAGAGGUGUGCUGGCAGUGCUGUGUGCUUUGAUUGCAGUGCUCCAGGGCAGGUCUCUAGGUGCAGGUCAGCAUUGCUGUCUGUGGCAGAGCUGUAGAGAGCAGGAGUUUGGUGGGAUUUCAGGGACAUCUCUGUGUUUUCCCUCUCCAGGUGAACAUAGUUACAUGGUGCCUGCAGCCACCAGUGAGAUGUAAUGGGCAUAUGAGGAGCUUUGAUUUUUAAAGCAGAACUUACUCGUUGUCUUAGUGUAUGUCCUAAUUAUCCUUAUUAUGGCAGACAGGCAUCUAAUCUUUAUGUCUUUUUUCUCCAAUGUCCUAAAAAGUAGUAUUCCAUGUACCCAUUAAGUUUUAGUGGCACUUCCAGUAGUACUAUUAGUACUGCUGCCUGCAGUAUCUUAAAUCUUUGUGUGAGCAUUUCCUGUGAUCAAGGCCCUGAUUUUGGAUGUAGAUUGCCACGUUUUGCCAGCUGGUGGAAAAUGAUCCUCUUUGCACCACUUCUUUUUUUGUCAGAAAACCCCUUUUCAGCCGAGCUUCCUGAAAAGCACUGUCCUUUGUGUUCAACACGCCUGCCACUUCCUUCUCAAACUCACAUGAACUCACAUAGAACCCUGCUAGCUUUUCCCUUGCGUUGAGAGGUGCUGAGUGGGUCUCCUGCUCCUCUCCAGCCUCACCUGGUGUGCCUGGCAGGGAAUAGGCAUUGCCUCCCCACGACUUCUCCAUCAGAGCAAAUGCAGCCAGUAUUACAGAUAUCUGGGUUAACAUCCUGACCCUGUGGGGGCAUCUGCUGCUUUUCAGACAGGGAUCAGAAAGGUCAGCUGCAUUAUGGAGAGGGAAAGCACUGUAGGUAGCAGAGCCUCAUGUAAUCCCUUCCCUUUAAUGCUGUUAUGUAAUACUGUCAGUAUUCAUUCAGUGGCACAUGGGGGCCUGCCUGGAGUAAACAGCUAAGGGAAUUCAGAGCCAUACACCAUUUUCAUUCAUCAGCAUUGCUUAUCUCCUGGCCCCAGAUUGAACCCUGCAGUGUAACUCUCUGCAGAUGUCACCUGCUGUUGCUCAUAUUGGCUGUUUGCAAAUCUCCUCCAGCAACAAAGUGACCCAGCUGAGAGGAAGUCUAAGCAUUUGGGGUGAACCCCACCAUCCUCCCAGCAUGUGAGCAAACAGCACACUGCAGUCUUUGAAUCCCAGCUCCUUGACAUGGGUCAGCACAUCAGUCUUAGCAGGCAGUUCUUCAGAGGAGCUCCCCCACAUCCUGAGCUUCCCUUUGCUUUGAGGGAAAUGCUUGUGUGAUCAAGUAAGCAAGCUUUAUUUAAAAGUCUUGAGUUUUGAUUCUCUUUUUUCCCUCUCUAGAAACAAGUAGUCUUGAACUGCCUGAAAAUAGCUGAGUUGCUUUUCUGUGUGCUUUUUCUUCUUGGCUGGCUUUGCUGUCCUGCUGUACCAUCAGCUGCUGGAUACCUGCAGAAGAGAGUCUUGAUGUGUUAUUAGAAGGCCUCUCCUCUCCACUGGCUAUCAGAGGUGCAGUUUCUGGUGGCAGAGGUCUCUGGGUGGGACAGCAGAAACUUGUGCAGCCCAAGUAGACUGUUGUUCCCUUGCUGUUCUGGAACAGAUCACCUGGAGUGACCUGGCUAGGACACAUUGGCCAGUCACACUGGCUCCAUCCUGCUGCUGCAACAGCUUCAGCCUUCGCAGGAACAUGAGGCAGAGCCCUCAGCAUACAAAGAAGAGUCCUGGUUGGCUUGGAGGUUUGCUGGCAAAGGCUCUUAAUCUUCAAAAUCUCUCUCUGGCUCUGCAUUCCUCUUUCUAAUCCAUAUUACUUGAAUGAGACCAUUUUCCUGGAGGCUCUUUCCUGCUGGGAAGAGACCAGCUGCUGUGGAUUGUGAUCUGACACAAUUUUGAGAUGCCUAAAUCCUGAGAAGUACUAAGCAGUUGCUGGCAGUCUGUUAAAUAACUUGUCCUAGGAUUAAAACUGUUCCCUCAACCCCAGGAAGGGCAAUCUCCACUUUGAAAUAGAGCAAAAAAAGGAAUGGUGUUCAUAUGUGACAAAUGGUGUUACUGUCUGUGGGGCUGCCUUUGUGGACCCUCCUGUUGCCUCUUUGCACUGUAAAACUGAGGAUCAGUCCAUUCUUCUCCUUUUCAGGAGUACAGUCCUUGAGAAGCACCCAGUCUUUGGCCCAAGAAUGUUAUAGAGUGAAUGAAGCCUUCCAGGUGGUGUAGUGUUCCUGGCCCCAGCAGCAGCAGCAGCUCCUUUUCACACUGCUGUAUCCUUCUGCAAACCCUGCCUAUGGUCACUUGAGCUUACACACAUGGUUUGGUUACUUUCUGUAGUUAUCACCCUCUUGGAGGUCCUGUGGCUCUUUAAUUGGUCAUAUAAAAUAUUCAGCACAUUUACUUCAGCCUCUUUCUGUAGGCAGAUUCCCCUUGCACAGAACUCCCAGGGUCAGUCAGAGAAGCAGUGCUAAUUGCAACUUGUUUUUAAGUGCUAGUAAUGCUGUGUCACAGGGUGAUGCUCAUGUAGAAAUGGCAGGUCAAGAAGAACAAAGCCAGAGGAUUUUGACUUUAGGCUUUACUCUUACCCUGUGUGGGAUACCUGGCUUCUUACUCCUCCAUGUUGAGGCAUCUGUAAGACUGAUUGGUUUAAGGAUUACUCUAACAUGGCUUUUGAAUAGAUUGAAGGCUUCAUGUUGUCAUCAGUGGAGACAAUUUAUAUAUUUUUACACAAGUUUAUAAAAUUCUGAGGAGGAACUUGGCAGUUUUUAGUGGCUCUUCAAAAUUUUCCAUACUUGUAGUUUGACACUAACACCUGCAUUUUCAUCUUGCUAUCAUGGUAUUUUUGGGAGCUAUUCUGGAAGAAGCAGAUCAAAGCAAACAGCAGCUAUAGAUCUCAGUGGCAGGUGCCUCUUUCUCUUUGCUUGGUUUCUGAAUACAGACAGGGGGGUCUUUUAAGCAGAGGCAUCAUAACUGCGUUCUUGGAAGAGGAUGGGAAGUUGCUGACUUCUUGUGACAGAAAUCCUCCUGCCUUUUAUCCCUGCUCUCUCCUUUUGUGGCCUUGGGUGAGUUGCUUGAAUUUUCUGGGGCCAGGAGCACAUGUGGUGUAUGAGGACCAGUGCAAUGCCAAGUUAUCCCAGCAGGGGACCAGGCCCUCACCCCGUUCUAAAAUGGAGAUAUUACCCCUUACCUACCUCACAAAGAUAUCGUGAGGAUUGAUGCUCACACAGCACUUGGAAGAUGUCAAGUGCUAUGUAAGUCACAAGUAUUAUCUAGCUUUAAUGUUAAAAUUGCUUUUUAGGGAUCUUCUCUUAAAACAUGGAAUGUGUGACUGCCUUUUCAGUUUGCAUCAGAUAGAAAAAAAAUUGCAAAAUAUUUAUUCAUGCUGGUUAACAGGAUGGGCUCAGCUACACUUGAACUCUGAGGGAGGUUUAGCUUAAAAAUAUGAACUCUCUAAUUUCAAUUUUGGAAAUGAUUUUUAGUUCUUCUAAAAGUCUUGACCAAAUUCUUAGCUGUGAACCUUGCAUCCAACUUUUGCAGUCUGGUCUUGUCCCUUGCUGUUAGCUAGAAUAAAUAUAAUCCAGCCAAAACAGAGUGCCUCACAGUCUGCUGUGGCUUUUGAAAAAGCUGGAACAGAAAAUGAAGUCAUUCUGUUCAACCUUCAGUCUGCAGAAGGUCAGCUGGGUUUCAUGAGACAGCUUUCAAAGGGAUGUUUAAUUUCUCUGAUUGUAAGUUUCACCAGCUUUAAAAUCAGCAGAGAGAGAAAGCCUUGAUGGAAUCAAUAAGGUCAGCAGAUCCUUCUUGGAUUCUUUUUUUUCAUCCAAAUGAAGGAAGCAGGGGGUUUUGUAGCAAAGGUAGUGCUUGUACCACCAGUCCCAUGGCCCAGAACAAAAGUUGAUCUAGAAAUACAGCUCUCAACCAUCACCAUGUUCUCAACUAGGAUAAAAAUGCCACCGUUCACUGACCUAAAUCUGGACCACAGCUAGAAACUACCUAGUUUUUGUAGCACUAGCUGCUGUACAAACACAAAUGAAGGCAAGGAAUUACACACCAAGGAAUGUGAGCUGUGUACGUGUGAAAUGGACCAUUAUUUUGAAGCAGCUGCAGUAAAAUCUUAAUAUGAACUCAGAAGCAAACACAAUGCAAAUUUUUAUGGUUUCUUUAAAAUAUUUGAUGGGUUUUCAUUCUCUUAGUUUGGAGAAAAUUUUCUUAAUGUUAUUUUAUUUUUGCUCUUACUGUAAAGAAUAAAAAUACAUAACUCUAGACAGACUACAAAUGAAAAAAAAAGUGGCCAGUUGGCAGGAAUGUCAAAACUUCUGUGGUCUGUAUUGUUUCUGUGGUGACACUAUGCUGCUGUUGGGCGAGCUUCUGGAGUGGUGUGAUGGCUCAAAAGGGAGGCUGAAGCACAAGAUGCAAGUGUUGAGCCACCGAGACUUCAGUGGGAGCAUGACUGGGCCAAUUUGGAUCAGUCAAAAGACAGAGCAUAAGGAAAUAAAAGACAGAAGAGAAGCAAGAAACCAAAACCAGCCCAUUGGGCGAUGGUGCUGAAUCACUACAAACAUUUUUAUCUAGACCCUGCUGGUGCAGGUUCCUGCUGGACCAAGCCUUGCUCCUAAUUCAGCUGGGGAGGCUUGCUCCAAGCCUAUGGUGCUGGCAGGGUCAGGCCAGCAGAACCUGAAGCUUUGUUAAAUAAAACUCAAAAUCAGAAAGCAACAACAAAAACAAGAACAAAACUUCAAGACCACAAAAAAAAAAAAAAAAAAAAAAAAGGAAGGAGAAAGCAAAUGCCACUGGGUAAGUAAGUGGCAGCUCUGCCUGCCUGAGAAUGCAGAGUGGCUGGUCUGCCUUGAACACUAAUCUCUAUGUCUUAGACCCGUGUGAGUCUCUUGCUCCAGUCCCUCUCCCACACAUUCCAGGCAGAGUGCACUGAAAAUGUGACUGAAGCAGCUGCUCUCCUCUGGAGAGCCAAGCACUUUGCCAUGUCUGAAAGUCUCUAGCACUUACUUUCUUUACUGUGAUUGUAAAGGUCACCACAUACAGUACAGCCACUUGAUCUGGGAUCUUUUCUUAACACAUUUUUAUGCUGAUUUUACUAUUCUUUGUUUGGAAUGUAAUUUUUUUUUUCUCAUUUCUUCUGUGUGUAACAGCAAUUAAAAAUAUUAAUUUACUCGGUA